UAUCAAGCGACUCGAAUCGAAAUACGCAGUCGGCAUAAAAAUGAGAGAGAUACCUGGAAUCGAGCUGUGCUCAUAUGCGACUCAGGAGUAGAUUAUAACAUUAUAUCUCAUCAACUCGUAACGGAGGUGCUGCAAGUGCCAAUGCAGACGAUAGACGAAAAAAUGGAUGCAUACGUACACACGUAUGGCCGUGGCGAAGAAGUCGUAGGAUACGUGGAUCUUACCUGGUGUUUUGAGAAAAAUAAUAAAUGGAUGCAAACUACACGGUUCUGGGUCACCUCGACGGGAAACCCUUGCUACGAUGUGAUCCUCGGGCGGAAGGAUGCAGAGCAAUGCGGUCUCAUAAGACACAAAUGGAGAUGUUGGGUUGGGCAAUCCGUGAGGUGUUUGAAAGGGCACUUUGCAUAUCAUGGCAAGGCGUACUCGUCCUUGAGCUGA